UAUAAGUAGCUCCCUUCGCUGCACCCAGCGCAGUGCUCACACAGCAAUGAUUACUCAGCUCAUAUCUGUGGCCACGCUGAUGGCGGUGGCUCGGGCCGGGUACCUCGGGGACCCGGGGCCGGGCCCCCUGGCGCACGCGUACGCGGCCCCGUUUCUGGCCGGGCACGCGUACCCUGGAUUUCGAUACGCGGCCGCCGCACCCGCCCCCGCUCCUCCACCGCCGAAACCAUCAUUUCCAGUAUAUAAGCCAGCUCCUGCACCAAUUGCCUACAGUGCUCCCCUGGUACACGCCCCCAAAGCAUACGCACCCGCAUACCCUGACGCCUAUCCGAAAUACAAUUUCGACUACAGCGUCCACGACGGGUAUACUGGGGAUACGAAAAGCCAGCACGAGACUCGGGACGGGGACGUGGUUCAAGGGUCGUACAGCCUAGUGGAGCCGGAUGGGACCCUGCGGACGGUGAACUACGCGGCCGACCCGGUGAACGGGUUCAACGCGGUGGUGGAGCGCUCCCCGCCGCACGGGCACGCGCACGCCCCCAAGCUCUACGCCCCCGCCCCGGGCCCGGGCCCCCACCUCCCCUACCACGGAUAACCCCCGUCCCCGCGACCCACCUCAGCGACCACGUUGAUCCUCAGCACGAUGCCAAGUGUGAUACAUGACUAGCAUGGCUUUGUACAUACUGCUAGGUUAAGGAGUUUCUCACUGCAAUAA